UAUCAAUGCUACUUCCGGUUAAAAAGUAACUUCCGGUUAAGACAAUUUAGACAAAAUUUAUGAUUUCUUAGCAUUUUAGCGAAUUCGAUGGAUUCAUAUGACAUACUUGCAAAUCAGCCUGUUGUCAUAGACAAUGGGUCUGGUAUAAUCAAAGCUGGUUUUGCUGGAGAUCAAGUUCCAAAGUACCACUUUCCAAAUUUCAUAGGAAGGCCUAAACAUGUACGAGUUAUGGCAGGAGCACUUGAGGGGGAUAUGUUUCUGGGACCAGAGGCAGAGGAGCAUAGAGGGUUGUUGUCUAUACGUUACCCUAUGGAACAUGGUAUAGUGAAAGAUUGGAAUGAUAUGGAGAGGAUCUGGCAAUAUAUUUACUCAAAAGAUCAAUUACAAACAUUUUCAGAAGAGCAUCCUGUAUUAUUGACAGAAGCCCCUUUAAAUCCUAGAAAGAAUCGAGAAAAGGCUGCAGAAAUAUUUUUUGAAACAUUUAAUGUUCCGGCAUUGUUUAUGUCAAUGCAAGCUGUUCUAAGUUUGUACGCAACUGGUCGUACAACAGGUGUAGUGUUAGAUGUAGGAGAUGGAGUGGCACAUGCGGUACCUAUAUACGAGGGUUUUGCCAUGCCCCACAGUGUAAUGCGUGUAGAUAUUGCUGGUAGAGAUGUUACGAGAUAUCUUAGAUUACUUCUACGUAAAGAAGGCUAUGAUUUACACACAUCAGCGGAAUUAGAAAUAGUUAGAACCAUAAAAGAGAAAGCUUGUUAUUUAUCAAUAAAUCCUAUGAAGGAAGAAUCGAUGGAAAUAGAAAAGGCCCCAUAUACAUUACCUGAUGGUAGUAGUAUAGAGAUCGGACCUGCCCGUUACCGAGCACCAGAGUUGUUAUUCAGACCAGAUCUGAUAGGAGAGGAAUGUGAAGGGAUACAUGAGGUGUUAACAUACUCUAUACAGAAAUCAGACAUUGAUCUAAGAAGAACUUUGUUUUCUAAUAUAGUCCUUUCUGGAGGAUCUACUCUUUUCAAAGGUUUUGGUGACAGAUUACUAAGUGAAGUGAAAAAGUUAGCACCAAAGGAUAUUAAAAUAAGAAUAUCAGCACCACAAGAAAGAUUGUAUUCAACAUGGAUUGGGGGAUCAAUUUUAGCUUCACUGGAUACAUUUAAGAAAAUGUGGGUUUCUAAACGUGAAUAUAACGAGGAAGGUGUGAAAGCACUACACAGAAAGACAUUCUAGCAUCUGCACAUCAUUAGCUUGUGUAACCAUGUGACUGCCGCCGAUUAAAAUACCAAACAUAGUCAUCUAAAUUAUUUUUACUUUUUUUGUUCUCGUUUUUUUUUUUAAAAUGGGUAUUUAAAGGAUAAAGGGCUUAAAUUUUUUUUAUCUUUGUAUCCAUAUAGUUGAUAGUGCUGGUGAAAAGUGAGGAAGAAGGAGAAGGUGAAGAGUUGAUCAAAGACAUUGUUUCAGGUGGUUUAAGAUUUUGUUCGCAUUUUUAUGUUAGGUCUAUUGUUAUUAUGUUAAGUUGUACUUCUGCUGUUAGCUGGGUCAGAAUUUUUACAAGAGAUGGCAUAAAGACUAACAUUGAUUGCUUGUAGAAAAAGUACCACAUGCAUAGAGUUGUGUUGACACUUUAAAUAAAGAAAUUCUCUGAACAUAAGCUAUGACUGAAUAUAUAGUAAUGCAAGUGCUGCUUUCAAAUAUGAUUGGAAAAUCAGUAUAGAAAAAUGCAUUUCAGAAAAGUCUUUAUUUGUUUUUCAAAAAUAUAUGCCAUUUUUUUUUCUAAUUAUGACAGAAUGUUUUUUGAAUAUCAGUCUUAUUUGAGCAUCUAAAAUAACAACAAUGGUCUUAAUUCAUAAAUGCAUAUCUUAUAUGCAUAUAUUAAAUGAUAUCAAAUAUUGUUGUAUUAAAUUGUAGAUGCAGAUUUUCAACCAGCAAUGUGUUUUGUUGAUGUUUUUUUUUCCAAUAUUUUAUACUGCCAGUUACAUUUUCUUUGUAAAAGAUUAUUAAAGAGGGAUUUUCAUACAUACGGUGUUCAAAUAUAUAGACUUUUAUGUUCUUUUGUUCUAUUUUAAAAUCAUAACUUACAAAUCAUGCUUUAGAUAUAUUAAUAGGAACAUGUCAAGGUGUUUUAGUAAACAUUUUUUUAAAUUACACCAUUUAUGUUCUUGCCUUAAAAGUUAUUAUUUGCAAAUUUUUACUCUUUUUUUUUCUAUUGGUGAAAAGAAUAUAUAUAUAAAUAUAUAACAGUAUGUAUAGAUUUAAGAUAUUUAUCUUAUCAGAUAGUGUUGUUAUUAAAAAAUGGUAUCUGAUUUAAUAUUUUUACUUAUUGUGAAAUUUCAAGGUGGUGCAGGAUUUAAUUCAAGUCCUACUGCAUUUACACAUCUGUAAGACAGAACGCUUUUAAGAUAAGAUCAAAGUUUGGCUUAUAAGUCAGAAGUAUUUUACUAUACUGAAUGGUAAUUUAAAGUUCCUUUGGCCUGCUAAUAAGUUGAAGUGUAUGGUAGACCUUAAAUUUAAAGGAACUUCACUGAGGUCCAAUAGCCUGAAAAAAUAAAAUUAAAAGUUCUUUCUUAAAUCAAUUGGUACAUUUAAAGUUGAAAACCAAGCAAUAGAUAACAUUUAAAUAAAAAGGGUAUUAAAUUGAUAAUCAAUUUUUAUGCGAUUUUUUGUCGAUUUGAGUGAAAAGUGUUGCAAAGGUUUUCAUUUUUAGAAAUAAAAAUUACUAUUUCUGGGAAACGGAGUGAGCGAAUGAUCUGAAAUGUUGUACACAAGCUGUUGUUCCAGACAUACAUCUAGUUAUAGAGAAAUCUUUAAAAAAUAUGUUCGGUUCCAUCAUGUCAAAAAACCUUAGUGGAGUCCCUUUAAUUAAAAAAAAAGAAAUUGAAUUUAAGUAGAAAAAAUCUGUCAUAUGGAUGGGUAGAUAUAGUAAUUUUACAAAGAGAAGCGAGUCAAGUGCAAUAUAAUACCAGGAAUCAUCAAUGUGCUACGUCCAUACCUAUAAUCUUGAUACAUUUCAGCGUAAGAUCUUUCUGUGCAUGGGAGGUAUUUAUUUGUUUAGUGCAAGGGAGGUAAUUCAACUGAGUAUUUUCCUUUCAAAGGGACGUUACUCUGAUUUCAGUGUUAGAUCCUCUGUGCAUGAGGCUGUGCAAGAGAGGUAACAGAGUAUUUUCCUUUGGAAGGGACAUGACUCUGAUUUCUGUGUGCAUGGGAGGGUAUUACUUGUUCAGUGUAAGGGUGGUAACUCAACUGAGUAUUUUCCUUUCAAAGGGAGGUUACUCUGGAAUGUAACAUUCUCUAGAUUGUUAUAUAUUUUCAUCUUGUUUGAGAGAUUGUUAUGAAAGUUCAUUUUGUGUUUAAAAUUUAAGAGCAAUUUUAAUAAUCAAUUCCAGGUUUCUAUGUAUGAUUUUGAGAAAUAGUUGAGGUUUUCAAAUUUAAUGUUGAUAACAAACCUAGAUAUAAUUUGACUUUCAAAUACACAUAUAUACUUAGUACAAUAUUUUCAAAAAGGGCAGACAAAAUGUAGUUUGUAUAGCAUAUAGGUACAAGAAUAUUUUAUCUUUAUUUUGAAUUUUUAGUAUAUUUCCAAUAUGUUUUUUGUUUUCAAAAUUUUUGAUUUUCCUUUGUGAAGCAUGUCUCGACUGUGUUAUGGUGAAUAAAGGAUUUCAAUUAAUAGCUACAAUUAUUUUUCACAUAAUGUACAUGUACAAGCUAAUCGUAAGGCCAUGAUAUUGAAACAGAAUCUUCAUUAGAAAAAAAAUCUUUAUUUCUGGUCAGAAUAUCUUUGGUUGCCAUGACAAUGUACAUGUAACAAAAGUCUGAAAAUUGUUUUUUUUACCCAGAUAAGAUAAACAUGUUAUGCAUUUAUGAUAUAAUGUAUAUUAAUUAUUUGAUGAAGUAUUAUUACUGAUUAUUUUGAUGAUAACAAUUAAUAUUAAUAUUUACAAUCAUUCAAUUGUCCUUGAUACACAAUGAAUGAUAAAGUAUAUCUUUCCCUGAUACAAUAAAAUAUCUCAUUGGCUAACCAAACUGUUAAAACUUUUGAAUUAUGAUUGUAUAUGAGUGAAGAAAGAAUGUUCAGAAUGACUGGUUUGAGAAUUAAAACACCCACACAAUUUUCAUAGCAACUUUGAUUCUUUUAGAAGCAGACAUUAAUCUAUAAGAAGAAUUUUUUUUAAUAUUAGCAAAAUUUUGUGUAGUGGUGGACACUUAUUUUCCUUUAUUUAUUAUCACUGAAGUUGUUUAUAAUUAUCUUAUCUGCAUUUAUAAGUUAUCUCCUCAAAACAGUAUUUGCUGAUAUGAGAUAAUGAACAAUAAAUUAGUACAGAAGUCUCAAAAUUAGGUACAUGUAAAACAAAUGUUUAUAAGGAAAUACUAUAUACAUGUACAUGUAUAUUAGACACAUAGGUGAAAAUAAAGGAAAGAUGGGAUUCUGAAAGAGUGUACUAAUUAACUUAAAGUAAGUAUGUUAGUCAACAGACAUGAUUAUUUUAUCUUAGCAGUGAUUUUCCUACCUAUAUAACAGACUCUGAUAAAAGGUCUCUUCCAAACAUAAAUUUUCUGUAAAAUCUGAACUUAAACCUGCUUUUUUACUUCCCAAAUUAGCAAUUUUAGUGAUAAUUUUUCCCAAAAUCAAGUGGAUAAGGCCAUUUUUCCCAAUUAAGUGAGAAAAAUCACUGCUUAGGUAUUGUAUUGAAUUUGGAAAUUUUAAUAUUUAUAAGAUCUUUGAAAAUGAAUUUCUAAAGAAUGUUAUGUUUUUUGUUUGAUAAAAUACUAAAGUUCAAGUAUAAAGGGUUUGAUUUUCAAUUUUACUGUGAUUAUAAGCAGUUUAUACUUUUCCUUUGAAUAAUAUUUGCUUAACAGAUGAAUAUUUUUAUGAAAAAAGGGAAAUGAAAGCUUUAAGUUAAAAGAUUUGAGAAAGCGAAAUUAUUUAUUAUUAUUUUAUUUAUAAAUAAGGGGGACCUACAUGUCUUUUAAUCCAUGACAAUUUUGUUAGUGUGCAAAAGUCAUGUAAGAUGUUUUAUGCAAUAGAAUACAAUUAAAUUUUUCAAUGACAUAAAAGUAAAUCAAAUCUAACUGUAAAAUUUCCACAACAUAAAAAGUUUGAACAAAUAGAAAUAUGUAGUGCAUCAAAAUCGCACCAGAUUAUAUAAUUAUGGCCACUCAUGGAUAUAUUUGACCUCUGUGACUGGACUGGUUUAUGUGUUUAGGAAGCUGUCCAGCUACUUACCUUGUACGUGAGUGCCUCUAUGUGCCUGAGUUUAUGCACAAUAAGUUUAAAUGGGCUUCCUUCAAAGCUGGAAAGUUGCCACACGAUGGUGACAAAGUGAGUGUGACAUAAAAUCCAACAAAAAAGUGAUAUUAAAACAAUGUAUUGUCGUGUUCUUUAUAUAUUGUUGAAUAAUGGAAAUAUAUGAAUGCCAGAUGUCAUAACAAUGUUUAUGUGAAAGAAAUACCAGCAUUUUACAUCUUCAAAGUGUUCAUUUUACUGUAUUUCAACCCUUAAUAUGAAUAUUAUAUUUGUGUCAGUUAAAUAUAGAACCUUUAACAGAUUUUAGUCAGAUUUGUAAGAAUAUAUAAUUUGAGUGGUCCAAUUUCCAAUCCAUGUUAGAUAAGUAAUGAGAUGACAGUAUUUUAAAAGACAUUACAACUUGAAAAUUGUGUCAUUUUCUUUGGUCAAAAUGUGCCCCAAAAUGAAUAGUUAUAUGGGUAAAUAAAUAAAUGAUUUGUUACUGUAUAAGAAGAACCAUAAUGGCAUUAUUAUGCAUUUACUAUGAAUUUAUACAAAGUAUGAGUGUUCAGUAGAUUUAAGAUUGUUUAGUAGAUUUUUGAAAUAAUACAUUGUAAUUUACAAAUAUACUAUUAUCUAAACAAGUAACAGGUUUUUUCUCUCACCCAGUUUCUUGCACACAACAAGGAGAUCACAAAGCUGUUUGUUUUUUCUUUCUCGUUUAGAAAUAUUAUGAAAUAAGUAGUUAAAGCAAUCUUGUAUAUAUAUUUCUGUACAUGUAUUUAUGUUGGUGUCGUGAUCCAGUAUUUUGAUUGUAAGCUUAAACCAUAAAUCAUAAAAAUAUGGAAAA